GGCUGCGGGUCGCUGACGUUGUCGGCGCGCACGGGCUACGCGGGCCAGGUGCGGUGCUCAUGAUACGCUGCCAUCCGGUUGGCUCUCCCGAAUUACACGUCGGCAGAUACGCAGGGCACCUUUGGGGCUGGAGAUAGCUCCGAAUACCUGCCCUGAGCGGCAACAUAUAAUGCUCGUCUGCAUGCGAGGUCGAGAUAAGGUCCGACUCGGCAAGGAGAGAGGAAAAAGGACAAAAACUGCGCAAUGAAACGGUAACAUGUAUAUGUGCACUCCGUGCCUCAGCACGUCAUGCUUGUUGGUUUUGUUAUCCGUCUCCAAGUCUCGAGUCCAGUCAAAGGAGGGCUUGGCCCCCAUGUGCCCGGCAUCGCGCCUUCUGAGACGCCAACAGAAAGUCCCCACUAACCACCAGGUACUUACGGUAUUUUAUCCACUUGAGUCUCUCCAUCUCGUUCACAGUUCACACUUUUCACAUUGUCUCAGAGACUUUCACCCACCGCCUCAACAGCAUCCCCCCUCCCCCGACUCCAACCCUCGCCCCCUUCCUUACGGAGUCUCCAACGUUCCAAUUUCCAAUCUGUCGUUGGCCUUGGCACGCACCCGUGCUCCAGCCAGGUGGCAGGUCCCUGGGACUGGAACUUGGCAGUCUCCGGGGCAUCUGGACCUUUCUCUUGGCGGGGUUAGCUCGCCCGAGCUUACCUGCCUUGGGGUCCCACUUCGGUUCUUUUUCUCUUUCCCGGGCAUAUUCUUUCAAACCUCUGGGGGCCCUGUUAAUCAGGUGUGGUCCACCCGCUCAGCCACCUCGGCGAAGGCUUUCGGUUUGCGGGAACCCCGCGGCGUAUAUCCUUGUGCCGGUAAUGAACUGGAACUAAGUUUCUUGCGUCUUCGCAUCACCACGACGCCGUUGAGGCUCAUUUCCCCCCACCUCAUCAGACGUUUCCAAAAUCCAAUCCCUCCUGCCGUCCGCCAUCUGUGGCCUGUUUUGUUUGCCGCAGGCUCCCAAUCUGGAACAAACCCCCUAAAGCCCACGCCACCAUGUCAGCGCCGCAACUGCAUCCCUGGGCUCUUGACAGCAAGCUCGACUGACGCCUGCUCUGGCCCGGUUUUCGUGAUCUCUCGCGCGCGAGGUAGAGUUAGGCGUCAAUGGCACGCUAGCCUCUAAAUAUACGCAUUUGACAACAACAUUUUGAUAUUUAUUUAUUUCACCUCCUCAGUCGCCAUCGCCUGCUCGGCAACAUCUCGCCAUAUCGACACUGAUUUCCUUAGCCAUCUUGAUACGUCUUCGCGAGAUAUAUACCUGUUCAAGCCCUAUCCCCGCGCCAUGGAGAGCUUCCGAGAAAUCGUUGUUGGCCAGUUCAAGGCCCUACGCCCAUCGUUUCUCGCCAAGAAGCCCCAUUUCAACUUCAUAUCUACACACUACCUAUGGAUAUGCGGCCUUGCCAUAACCGGAUCAAUCGUCCUAUUUUUCUCGGGCCAGCACAACUUGGCCUACAUUGACGCCCUUUUCUUUGCGAGUGGUGCCAGCACCCAGGCGGGGUUGAACACGGUCAAUGUCAACCGCCUCAACACCUUUCAGCAGGUUGU